AUGAAGGAUGAAUACGUCCUGGGGAUUGAAGGCGUGCUCGAUCUGCCCGAUGCGCAUUUUCACCGCCUUCUCGAAGACGCGGGGGCUGACUUGACCUCUCUGGGUGUGCAGAGCAACCUCGGCCUUUUCUACGAAGUCGCGAAGCGGUACGAUAAGGCGCUUGACUGGUACCACAGAGGAGCACGUCAGGGCUGCGAGUAUUGUGAGAAUGACAUUGGAAUUUGCUACAGACACGGCCACGGCGUGGAGCAAAACAUCGACACGGCACUGGAAUGGUACACAAAGUCUGCCGAGAAGGGUCACGCCGUAGCACAAAACAACGCGGGCGUUGUCCACCACGAGAAGGGGCAGCACGAGGAGGCGUUCAAGUGGUUCAUGAAAGCGGCCGAUCAAGGCUUCACUCACGCAGCAGCCAAGCUCGGAAAAUGCUACAAAGAUGGCUUAGGCGUGGAGAAAAACAUUCCCGAGGCGGUGAAAUGGUACACGAAGGCCGCGGAGCAGGGUCACGCCGGUGCACAAAACAGUGUGGGCUGUAUCCACAACGACAAGGAGCAGUACGAGGAGGCGUUCAAGUGGUACAUGAAAGCGGCCAAUCAAGGCUUCACUGACGCAGCAGUCAACCUCGGAAUAUACUACGCUGAUGGCCUAGGCGUGGAGAAAAACAUUCCCGAGGCGAUAAAAUGGUACGCGAAGGCCGCGGAGAAGGGCGACACUUACGCGGCAGAAGUACUCGAAGAGCUCACCUCGCGCGAGUGA